AUGGACGACCAGAAAAGCAGCAGCAGCACAGAUAAGGAAACCAACAGUCCUGUUGAGUUAGAACAACCCUCUGUGUUCGCAAACCACACCCUAGAGAACACUUUGCUUGAUUGUAGUCAUGGUGAUGAAAAUAACGGCAAUGAAGCUGCCACACUGAGCCCAGCUGGGGAUAAAGUUCACAGAGUUGUAGAUGUUUCGGGCACAGGUGAGUGCCAGGUAAACCUCACAGAUGGCCUGGCAUCUAAUGUUCCUGCGUUAUCAAACUUGGACAGCAGCAACUCGGAAAGGGAUGUCAUUUUGGAAUCAAACAAGAAUCAAUCAUCCGCCUUGACUAACAUCUUUAAGGAAAAUCUGAUUAACGAUGAUCUACUUCCGGUUGAUGAACCAGCACCUGGGUUAUGUGAAACCCCAAGGGGUGAAGAGAUGCAGGUUGAUGCUUCAAGCGGCGAUAAUACAGAGGAAAAGGCUGCCUUACUUGAUAAUCAAAAAAGGUAUAAAACACCCUCUUGUGGUGAUGAAGUUGUAUCUUUACAUUUAGAUGAUGCCACCGAAAACAUUGGUACUGACGAUAAGCAACAUGACCUUGAGAUUCUUGAUCAUACUGACAAGGAAGAAAAUAGCAAGGUUGUUACUAGAGAAUUGUGCAGUUCAGGUCAUGCGGUUGCCUUAGAGAAUGAGAAAACUGAUGAUGCUGUGAGCAGCACGGAGAACAUAAUUCUGCAAAAGUCACACACCCUUCAGCCUGAAAAGCCCCUAAUCCCAAGUGCAGAAGACAAAUUUGGAUACAAUGAAUCAGAACAAUCGGUGUCCAUUUCCUCUGCCGAUUUAAACCUGGCACAAAGCAGGGAUGUCAAAGACACCGUUUCUGACAAUAUCAAAAGUAAUCAUGUGACUGAAAGUUUUGGCAGCAACCGGUCAGAAAAUGUAUUGUCUGAGCUAGUUACUGAUGGAGUUCCUGAAGAAGUAGAGACAAAACUAGUGGAGAAGAAGCAGGUUACAUCAAACUUUGUUGAUCAUGUCGAAGAAUUGGACUACGAGGAGAAUGACGAUGAUGGCUCUGGGAGACUGGAGAAGUUGAAGGACAAUCAGGAAAAUAAGCAGGGUGACCAAUCAGACAAGGACGAAGGCGAGCUGACCGAUGAUGAUUGCGAGGAGGGAGAGAUCAAGGAACCAGGGAGCAGGAAGAUGUUUGUCAAACCCUUGUGCCGGUUUUUCCAGAGGGGUAGCUGCAGCUGGGGUCCUGGCUGUCGGUUUCUGCAUCCUGGGGUCAACGACAAAGGAAACUAUCAGUUGAUAGAGAUGCCUGGGUGCGCCCCAGCAGGAAUCAGGUCACGAUUAGGUGUGCCUGCCAUGUGGCCUGAGCAACCUGAGGAGGAAGUACAGUUGCCACCACCUCCAGUUCCUGACAUUCCACUGGUGGAGACAGCCUGGGAGAGAGGAUUGAGGUUGGCCAAAGAGAGAAAGAAAGCUGCAGAAAGAAAGGAAAAGGAGGUAGAUUUUGAAGAAAAACGGUUGAAUUUAUCCGUGGAUAAAGAGUGGGAGCUGAAUAAAGAAAACGAACAUCAGCCUGUAGUCGCCCCGAAGGAUCCUUAUUAUGACCUGCCUGAGUACGAGGUGGAUGAGUACUACAAAGUUCCCAGAGAACCAUGGCCACCUGGCCAGUACCAGAACAGCCAAGUCCGGUACAACCAGGACAGAACUUAUGCCGCCCCAUAUCAGGACAAGCCCCCUAUAGCAACGUCUGCCCGGUUUGAUCACUUGUACGGUCCUCCUGAAGAUAAAUUUGACAGAGCCAGGCUUGGCCUACAAGAACCAAUCAGAGUAGAGGCGACAUCAUUUGCCCCUAGUUACACACCUUCGUUGAAGCGGCCAGAUGAAUGGACAGAUCCCUGGAUGAGGUCCAAGUCUCCCAAGAACACGAAGGGAAAAACACACAGGACAUCAAGAGGCAAGCGGAAGCAUAGAUCAGCCAGUGAUGACUCCCAUUCCUCCAGGUCACGUUCCAAAUCCUCUGGCUCGUCCAGGAGCAGCCGAUCGUACAGCAGUUCUUCUGGCAGCUCCAGUCGUUCCAGAUCUGCAGGACCUGCUGCGCCCGGCUUGGAUAGACGUGGCUAUCCCUCCCCAUCUCGGGAUCAGUCGAGUAUUGGCAUGUCUGCUAGAGGGGCUUAUCCUGGGUACUACCAGAACAACAGAGGUCAGGGCCGCUACCAGCGGGGAGGUUACCAUGUCAGCAACGGCAGCGGUGGUUACUACGGCAACAGCUAUGGUGGUGGAGGUGCAGGGCCAGCUGGUGGCUACACUGAGCGGAACAUGCGAGACAGAAGUCCAGGCAGGCCUUGGAAGUCGAGGGGUCGCUCACCUCCAGAUCGCCCCUUGCCUUAUGUCAGACCCAGGCCCAAAAGUGGCAGCAGUAACUCAGAUUCCAGUAGAUCUCGAUCAAGGAGUCGAAAUAGAAUAUCAUCAUCUCGCUCCAGAUCUAGUUCAAGAAGUUCUCGGUCAAGUAGUUCAUCUAGCUCUUCUGCAAGAAGUGCUGAUUCGGAUCACUUGUACCGGGAUUUGGGUAACCCAUCCAAAAAUGUCAAGUCUCCAGCAUCGAGGAAAAAGAGUCGAGUUAACAACGGACCACCUCUGCCAACACCACCUUCAUCAGUGCCAGCAUUCAGACUUGACCAGAUCCCACACCCGCAAGAUCCAAAACCUCCUCCACCCCUGCCAGCAUCAGGAAAAGCUGAACCCAAAUAUGCUAGUCGCAAUGCACCGCCGCCACCUGUCAAAGCCAAAGAUCCACUGAAAGUUGUAGGCCAGAAGUCCAACAUUAAACUGACACUUUUACCGAAGUCAUCACUAGGCAAUCGGCCGAAUCCUUUGGACUCCCCUCCCCGCAAACGGCCACUAGAAGACAGUGACAUCUCAUCGCCAGAAUCUUCACCACCUGCUAAACAGCCCCACCUGGCAAUGGAAGCUUCUGUGUUGAGACUAGCGUCAGAAAAGGCAGCAAAACUUGAGCCAAAACCCACCUUGAAACCCUUGCCGGUCUCUAUACCUCGGCCAGCAUCAUCAUCUACAUCUUCAUUACCCACCGGGCCCCAAGUGAAAGCCGCCACGCUACCUCAGAGACAGCCGGGUGGCAGUGUCAAACCACGCGGCAUGGAACCAGCUGUGACAAAGACUGUACCAAAAGCCCUUGUGGCAAACACCCCAACGACAACCACCCCAGCGCCAGUGGUGGCCAAACCCAAGAAAACCGCAGUUUCUCGGCGAGAGGAGCUUCUAAAACAGCUCAAGGCGGUGGAGGAUGCUAUAGCCAAGAAAAAGGGAAAGCUUCCGUGA